AUGGUCAAAAUCGGCUUGCAGAUCAAGGCUUUCUUGGAGAAUGUCACGGGCUUGGAGGCAGAGGGUCAAGAUUUUCGAUGGUAUCUCAAGAUGAAAUGCGCCAAUUGCGGCGAAGUGCCCGAUCAUUUCCAAUAUAUCGCUUUGGACGAGAAGCAGCCUUUGAAAGGCGGGCGCGGCGACGCCAAUUGCGUGCUCAAGUGUAAAUUGUGCGGGCGUGAGAAUUCAAUCGACAUCCUGGAAUCCACCAUGACCGCCUAUAGUAUGGAGGAUAGCCCUCAGUUCAAAACCAUCGUUGCCUUUGACUGUCGAGGGGUUGAGCCCGUCGAGUUCUCACCGCGAAAUGGAUGGAAAGUCCGGGGCUACUCGGAGAAUGAAGAGGGUGAAGGCGGAGAAACCGGGACCGUGUUCGAGGAUGUGGAUCUGGUGGAAAAAGAAUGGGCGGACUAUGAUGAAAAGUCCGAUCAGAGCACCUGUAUUUCCGAAUUCGAGAGCCAGUUUGUCAAGCUGAAAUGAUUCGUAUGAUUGAAAUGAUAAUAAUAAAUUGGUUUGAUGCUUUUACGUACGCCACGUGUUGGCUCAGAGUCUAGGAUUUAUGGAUUAUUUAUGUUUCAGGAA